CCUCGUGACCUCUUCGAUUAAACCUAAUACAGAAGAGGAAUUAGAAUUCUUAAUAUAUCGACAUUUGGAAAAGAUAUAUGAGGAAUUGACGCCGCCUCCUGGACCUCCUAGAGAAGAAAAGAAUAAAAUAAAUUUUAUUAAAACAAUGAAUUCCGUUGAGACCCCUUCCAACAUCCAAAAAACUCUCACUUUACUUAAGAGUCAAAUCGAGAAAGCCGACCUGGACGGGACGUAUAUGGUAUCUCCUAAUAGUGUCUUAUAUUUCACGGACCAACAAACCCAAAUUAUUCAAGCUGAGGGUCCCAAGUAUGAGAGUGAUGGACAGAGGCUUUGUCGAAAAAUGCCAGAAUUUCUCCAAGAUAUUCGACGCAGCGGAAUUUCUUUUACUCCAAUUGAAACUCCUCCAGGAGAUACCUGGUAA